ACUCAACGCCCGCCCAUUGGAAGCGGAAGGGAAAGAUGGCGGCGCCUAGUGUCCCCACGCCGUUGUACGGGCACGUGGGUCGCGGAGCCUUCAGCGACGUGUACGAGCCAGCGGAGGACACGUUCCUGUUACUGGACGCGCUCGAGGCGGCAGCGGCCGAGCUAGCAGGAGUGGAAAUAUGCCUUGAAGUAGGAGCCGGAUCUGGUGUGGUGUCCGCCUUCCUGGCCUCCAUGAUAGGCCCUCAGGCCUUGUACCUGUGCACUGAUAUCAACCCCGAGGCAGCCGCAUGCGCCCUGGAGACUGCACGCUGUAACAGAGUCCACGUUCAGCCAGUGAUUACAGAUUUGGUCCACGGCCUGCUGCCCAGAUUGAAGGGAAAGGUAGACCUGCUGGUGUUUAACCCACCGUAUGUGGUGACUCCGCCAGAAGAGGUAGGAGGCCGGGGAAUAGCAGCAGCCUGGGCUGGCGGCAGAGACGGCCGGGAAGUCAUGGACAGGUUCUUCCCACUGGCUCCACAGCUCCUCUCCCCAAGAGGGCUCUUCUACUUAGUUACCAUAAAAGAAAACCAUCCAGAGGAAAUCUUUAAAACAAUGAAGACAAGAGGCCUGCAAGGAACUACAGCACUUUGCAGGCAAGCAGGCCAAGAAACCCUGUCCGUCCUCAGGUUCAGCAAGUCCUAGUGUCCCGAAAGCCACUGAAGGAAAACGAGCUGCCGGCAGCUGGGCACUCAGUUGCUUUCAGACUGAUGCCAUCCCUGACCAAGAAAUUUUAUCAGAAAUUUGCCGUUUAAAAAAAAAAAAAAAAGUGGAGCCAGGUGGUGGCGGCGGCGGCGGCAUACGCC